GAAGCAGACGGUUCUUUGCCGCACUUCCUAGGCGUAGGAGCGAGCUUUAGCAACCGACGGAGUUUGCCGUCUGCGUGCCUUUGUGGCGGUGACAGAGAGAAUGUUUCCGAAGGCAGCUGCCCGGGGCCGUUGAGGCUGAGCUUCCCCGGAGAGUAUGGCUACACAGUCGACGACAUCGUGUUCUUUUGGCAAGGAAAUAAUUCAGCCGUGACGGGGAUGGAGGUGCUGGAGCUGCCCCAGUUCACCAUAAUUGAGCAAAGGCUUGUCACCAGAGAAGUGGUCUUUACCACAGGUUCCUACCUUCGCUUGUCUCUCAGCUUCCGAAUCAAACGGAACAUUGGUUACUUCAUCCUGCAGACAUAUAUGCCUUCUAUUCUCAUCACUAUUCUUUCCUGGGUCUCUUUCUGGAUCAAUUAUGAUGCCUCUGCAGCCCGGGUUGCCCUAGGGGUCACCACAGUCCUCACCAUGACGACCAUCAACACACACCUACGGGAAACUCUGCCCAAAAUCCCCUACGUCAAAGCCAUUGAUGUCUAUCUCAUGGGCUGCUUUGUCUUUGUAUUCCUGGCACUCCUGGAGUAUGCAUUUGUCAACUACAUUUUCUUUGGACGAGGCCCUCGGCAGCAGAAGAAACAGAGCGAGCGUCUCAGCAGGGCAAAUAACGAAAAGCACCGAUACGAGGAGAAGCGGGUGGACCCUUAUGGCAACAUUCUUCUCAGCACUCUGGAAAUGAACAAUGAAUUACUAGCUUCUGACAUGAUGACCACAGUAGGGGAAUCACGAAACUCCGUCAUGUCCUUUGAAGGAUCAGGAAUCCAGUUCCGCAAGCAGCUGGCUCCCCGAGAUGGUUUUGGACACCACCCACCUGUAGAACGCCACAUCCCGCUGGCCCAUCAUGCUGCAGCCCGUAAUCGUGCCAACUGCCGACUUCGCCGGCGAUCAUCUAAGCUGAAGCUCAAAAUUCCUGACCUGGCAGAUGUCAGCACCAUUGACAAAUGGUCAAGGAUCAUUUUCCCUAUCACUUUUGGAUUCUUCAACCUGGUUUACUGGUUGUACUAUGUAAAUUGAUGCCUGCAGACCAGAGAAAGAAUAAGGGAAGACACUCAAACUAUGACAACGACACAGGAGUGUGGCAAUCUUUGGGGUUUGGGUUAUUCUCUUAAUUAUGACCAAUGCUCAAUUAUUCACUCCAUCCCCACCUUUGGUUUACAUUUCUGCAAAGCGUUAUUCCUCUUUUCAGCACAUUAUGCACACACAGAGUAUGUGUGGUGGGCUAUGUGGGUUUGUUGAAGGGAGAGGGAAUGGUUUUCAGGGAUUUUCCUUCCUUCCCUCCCUUCCUCCCUCUCUCUCGUAUGCUUGAAGUACUUCACCACCAGGGGUGGGUAGGGGGGAGAUAAUUUUUUUUAAUUAAUUAUUGCAGCUAGUUUAGUCAUUAGG